CGCAAAGUGUUUAUCCUUUUUGUCUAUCAUGUAUCAUUUGUUAUCACGUUAUUCAAUCAAACGUAAGAGAAUCUUUGUUAACCACAACCAUCCUCCUCCUUCUUUUUGUUUUUUCUUUUCUUUUCUUUUCACCAUCAAGUCAAGAUCAGCCAAGUUAAGCUCAUCAGUAGAAUUAAAUAAUGAUUUUGUACAUCGAGUCAAAAUAACUAAUUUACCAACUCAUGAGCUUGGAGCGAUUAAAAUUUUUUUUCAAAGUUUUGGUAUUCAUAAAUACAAAAAGGCGCCAAAAUGGGAUUAUGCUUAUCUUAAUUUUGAGACAGAAGAAGCUGCUCGUUCUGCUGUAUUUAAAUUACAUGGAGCUGAAUUUAAAAAAAGAAAUCUAUCUGCAGAGUAUUCAAAAGUUCCUGAAAAAUCAUCUUCUUCUACAUUGCUUCUUCAUCCAUCCAAAGAGCAACAGCAAAGAGGAUUAUCGGAAAUAGAAAAAGAUGAUAGACCUAUCGCUGAAAGGUUAGCAGAUCAAGUCACUCCUUUACAUAAAAUAGCCUAUGAGGAUCAAAUUGCGAAAAAGCAUAAAUUAGGUGCACGAUAUUUAAAUAAACUUCGAAAAAAGUUAAAUUCUUUACCAGAUAUAAGUGAUGUAGGAAAACAGCAAAUAGCUUGGACAAAGACAUUAGAAGAUAUGCAAUGUGAAGUAUUCGAUAUCAUACACUCUCCCUCUAUUGAUGAGUAUAGAACAAAAUGUGAAUUUUCAAUCGGUAAAAACUUGGAAGGUAACGAAACUGUUGGAUUUGUAUUAGGAUUAUAUAAAGAUGGUAUAACAACUGUUUCAAGUCCAAAUGAGUGUCUACAUGUGUCGAAAAAAGCAAAAGAAAUUGCAAAGAUGAUGGAGGAAUAUGUACGACAGUCUGAAUAUGAGGUAUAUGAUAGAGUAAAAAAGAGGGGUGUAUGGAGGACUAUGAUGACAAGAACUCAAAGAACAGGUGAUGUGAUGGUAUUGAUACAAAUCAAUGCAGAAAGUCUAACUGAAGAGCAACUAGUACAAGAAAAGAAGAAUUUAAUAAAUUAUUGGAGUCAUUUCUUUUCAAAAGGAGAGGAAAAUACAAAGAAUACAUUAAUGCUUCAAAUCUGGAAUGGUAACUCGAAUGGAAUUACAGAUAAGGGCAAAACUGAAAUCCUAACAGGUGACGGAUACGUUUAUGAGGAGCUUCUUGGUCAUCGAUUUCAAAUUUCAUAUAAUUCAUUUUUUCAAGUCAAUACACCAGUAACAGAACUUUUAUAUGCUAAAUGUGCAGAAUGGUGUUAUCAACCUAAUAAAGAAAAAAAGACAACUUUACUUGACCUCUGUUGUGGCACAGGCACGAUUGGUAUUACUAUGGCAAAAUCUGUUGAUCAAGUAAUUGGUAUUGAAAUGGUACCUGAAGCCAUUGUGGAUGCAAAAGCAAACGCAUUGAUGAAUAAUGUGUCAAAUAUUCAGUUUUAUACUGGUAAAGUAGAAGACAGAUUAGAUAUUGUAACCAAUAAAGAAAAGCAUGAAGAAGUUAUUGCCAUCUUGGAUCCUCCUCGAAGCGGUGUUCAUAGUUCUGUUAUUCGUGCAAUUAGAGAAACUUUAGCCAUUCAAAAAGUAAUUUUUAUUAGCUGUGAUGCUAAACAAGCCAUGCAGAAUUUUAUUGGUUUAUGUCGACCGACUUCAAAAAAAUAUCAAGGAUCACCUUUUAAGCCUUCGAAAGCAGUAUCUGUAGACUUAUUUCCUCACACUGAACACUGCGAAUUAAUGAUAGAGUUUAUUCGUACCUAGAAAAAAAAAAAGUAGUGUGUAAAAAUAAAAUAAAAAUAAAAAUAAAAAUAAAAUAUCAAC